UUAAUCUUGCCUUCAAUGUGUUUUGUCUCUCAAUGGCUUUUAUCUUCUUCAGUGUGAACACAGAAGCUAUAGCCUACAAUAUUGUCUAUGGUCUUAGUGCUGCUGCAAGCACGAGGGUGUCAAAUGAGUUGGGCGCAGGUCAUAUCAAUCGAGCUAAAAAUGCCAUGGUUGUGACUCUGAAACUCUCUGUCAUCCUUGCUCUUAUAAUUGAUCUUGCACUGGGCUUUGGUCAUAACAUAUGGGCCGGUUUCUUCAGCAACAGCUCGGUAAUAAUCAAGGGGUUUACCUCUUUGACACCCUUUCUGAUAAUCUCGAUGACUUUAGAUGCAAUGCAAGGCAUAUUAUCAGGAGUGGCGAGAGGAUGCGGGUGGCAGCACUUGGCAGUGUGGGGUAACUUAGGGACGUUUUAUUUCAUUGGCAUGCCGAUUGCACUACUUCUUGCAUUCAAGUUAAAGCUCUAUGCAAAGGGACUGUGGAUUGGGUUAAUCUGUGGGCUCUUCAGCCAAGCCAUCACCCUAUUGUUGAUUACAAUUCGGCAAAACUGGACUAAAUUGGACCUUGGGCCUUAGCAGGUCCAAAUACAAAACACCUUUCACGUGCUUAAAGCCAUGGCCCAAUUCCGAGUAAGCCCACGAUAGAACUCGCAUAAUGGGCUAGCCUAUUACGCCAAUCAAGUUGUUCACAAAUUAAACCCAAUUACUAAGGUCCGAAUUCGCCUAGGCCUCAUCACCAGUUUAUUUGGGCCCAAGCCCAUCGACCCAAGAUCACUCUCAAGAACCACAGUUACUUAAACCCUAAAGUUAUCUAUUUCCUGUUUUAUUACUAUCCUGAUUCUCCUAGAAAAUCCAUCAACAUCCUAAUUCAUUUAAGAUCUUGAAUCUUACAUUGAAUAUGAUUCUAACUCUUUCAAAAGCAGGUGAAUCAAGGAUUUUCCUAUUCACUAAACCUCAACCACUAUGGACUCAUAGUCCUACUAGGAUUUGGAGAUCCUAUGACUAUUAUAUAAACAAAGGCAUGUCUUCUCAUAAUUCAUUCGACAUUACACCUUCAAACCCCCUAGUUCUCACCCUUGAGAGUUAUACAUCAAUGUCGUAGUUCUAGUCUCCGACUAAACUUUUGGUAACUCUAUCUUUCUCUUGCCCUCACUAAAUUAGCCUUAUUUAGUCUUACUGACUUUGAGCGUCGGAGUGCCUACGACAAACACCACCCCAGGUGUUUCCUGUUCACUUCACGCAUGUUUAUUCGUGUGCGCAGGUGUAGCGGAUUGCUAGUGGCCUCAACCUCACGGGAUCAGACCCUCUUCUGUAAUCAUAUAUUUUAUCGUCUACAGAAUUUUGACAUACGAUAUCUCAAAUAUUAUGUUCAAUAUUAAAGGGCUUCAGGUUUUCCUAUACUAAUAAAUAGUACAUUCAUAUCCAUAUGUACUCAAAAAAAUCAUUCAUAGCUUUUUCAUAUUUAAGGCAGGAGAACGACUCA